AUGUCAGACAUAAACAUAAAGCGGGAAGCGAUCUCUCAAUCGUACAAACCAUUUCACCACAAACACAAGCAUUUCGACAGAGAGAUCCUGGUGGAAGGAAUGAGUAUGAGAACUAAAGAAGAGAGUGUACUGAGGUACAUGAGUCAAUUUGGAGCAGUGGACACUCUAUCGAUAUAUUCCUCCAAACGCAGUCAAACGGCAUUGCUCACAUUAACAGAUGCCGAGCAUGCGCGACAAAUUAGUAUCAGAGAUCACUGGAUAGACAACAAGCGAGUAAAUGCUAGACUGUAUAUACUUGCACUGGCCAGCGGUGGAUGUCUCACUGUCAAUAUCGACGGAAUACCCCCAUCCAUCCCAGCUGAGGGGGUGGCAGAGGCGUUAAAAUGUUUCGGAAGAGUUAUCCACGCUAGCAUCAAGCACAACAGCAAUAUAGGCAGAGCGUCAAAGGGAUUUGGUGUGUUUUGUUUCGAUUGUCCAGACUCAGCUAAAGAUGCUGCCAAAGAGGGUGAACUGAUGUUGGAAGGACAGAAAGCGAAAGUAAGCUACAUGGGAAGGACUCGCAAUACGUUUGGGGCGGACAGUCGGGUGGGCGGGGUGAAGUUUUUGACAAGGAUAAAAGUCGCGAUAAAUUGGAAUAUUUCAUGUGGUUUGUGCGGCGUGUGGAAUAUCAACAAACACCUUGACAUCGGCAUGUCAUCAUCGAGGAAUAUCGAAAGAAUGAGCAAAUGGAGCCGUAGGCUGCAGCGGGUACAGACGUAUUCAGGGGUUGCUUUUGGUGGGUUCGCAUUGCAGCACACGCUCCCAGCGCUGCUAGCGAGUGUAGGACAGCUGGAGCUGAGUGAGCAAGUGGUGAUGAUAGAGCGGGCAGUGUACCACUCGCCGUAUGUGGAAGUGGUGUGGGUUAUUGGAUCAAUAUCUGUGCACGUGAUCGCCGGUAUCUUGCGGCGUGUAGUGUUGAAGAAGACAGCGAAAGAGAAUAAUACGCAACACACACUCACCACACAGCAGAAAGCAGGCUGGAUGCUGACGCCACUCCUCACAACGCAUUACCUCAUCCACCGCUCAAUACCCAGUUUGGAUACACCGCCUAUACGCUCACUUUCACCGUCCGAACUCUCUUACCCGCAUUUCGUGGGCUAUGCAGUACAAGCACUCACACCACGCGCUGUCAUAUCCGCUACUGCCCUCACCGCCCUCUCAACCCUCACCGUUUAUCACAGCUUGGCGGGGCUAUGGCGCGGGAAAAAGAACGCAAGGACAGCGCUGAGGUGCUCAGUCGUCAACGGCGUCAGCGUAUUAGCUGCAUUGGUUAAUAUGGGCAGAGCGUACUCCAGUGUGUCUUACUUAGAGCCUCGCUACGAAGCAGUGUAUGGUUAUUUGGGGUUGUAA